ACCAACUACAAAUGUUUCUUUUCUGUAGAACAAAGAAUAACCACAUCACACCAGGUCUGGUUCUCUGGCUUCCUUUGGUCUUGAUGUUGCUAAGACGCCCACUGUAAUGAGACACUGAUGUAAAUCCAACUAAUUCACAUCACGUGACACAGUGAACAGCAUUUCUGCCUCCAUACGAUCAAAGACAAACAAUAUAAAUGUCAGGUCUCAGUCAGCAAACCUCAGUUUAGGGAGCUGUCAACAGGUUUCAGUUUGCUGUGUCAUCCUUAAUAUUUGUUGUUAUUUCUAGGGAAACAGUUAUUGUGAUGAGCCAAGCAGAGAGAUCAGCCUCCAUAAUUAAUACUACGUUUGUUCGUCCUGCAGCUUUUUACAUCAAUGGCUUCACCAACAUCCCUCAUGCUCAGUAUUACUACGUGUUCCUGUGCUUCGUCUACAUCAUGACUGUUGUUGGGAACGGUUUUCUGAUGUCUGUGAUUUACCUGGUGAAGACUCUUCAUUCUGCUAAAUACAUGAUUGUGUUCAGCCUGGCUUUAACUGAUCUGUGUGGCAGCACUGCUCUCAUCCCUAAAGUCCUGGACACGUUCUUGUUUGACAGGAGAUACAUUGUCUAUGAGGCUUGUUUGAGUUACAUGUUCUUUGUUUACUUCUUUGCAAGUGUGCAGUCAUUGACUCUUCUUAUUAUGGCUUUUGACAGGUUUGUAGCCAUUUGCUUCCCUUUAAAUUACCAUCGUAUUGUGACUAAACCAGCUGUUGCUGUGAUGCUGCUGUUGACAUGGGCAGCUGUAUUAAGCUUGGUAGCGUGCAUGGCUGGACUACUGGACCGUCUGUCCUUCUGUGGGUCUUUGGUGAUACAAAGCUUUUAUUGUGACCAUGGACCAAUAUAUCGUCUGGGUUGUAAUGAUUUUUCUCACAAUUACAAUGCUGCAUAUGUUUUCUUAAUCACAGUCAUAUUUUUGCCUGUGACACUAAUAUCACUGACCUACGUGUGUAUUGCUGUUGCUCUGAGCAGGAUCGCAUCUGGAGUGGAACGACUCAAAGCUCUGAAAACUUGUACAUCUCAUAUUAUUCUUGUUGGUAUUUUUUUUUUACCACUCAUGGCCACAAACUUGGCUGUUAUGACGUCCUAUCUUCACCCCAACACCAGGAUCAUCAACUCCACUUUGACACACACUGUACCAGCUCUGCUCAACCCCAUCAUCUACUCUUUAAAGACUGAAGAAGUGAUGAGGUCUAUUAAGAAACUUUGGAAAAACCUCAGACCCAAUAAUACGAAUUAAACUAAAAUAUUAACUCAAUAACGGCUGUGACACAUAUGUCUACAGCAUGUUCUAUAAAUGUCACCCAAUAGAAAACUUAUUAUUCAUAAGAAAUAGGUCUAUUGUGUGAUGCCUUGAAAUGUUGUAAAUUGUACUGUUUUAUUAUCCACUUAAUAAACUAAAUUUGCAGAAUUAAAGAUGUGU